ACUGUACCCUCGUCACGCAAGUGCUCUCAACAACUUGGGGACGUUGACCAAAGACGUGGUGGAGGCAAAGGACUACUACAGACGGGCCCUUCGGUUAAAUCCUCAGCACAAUCGAGCUCUCUUCAAUCUCGGCAACCUGCUCAAGUCCCAAGGGAAGAAGGAGGAAGCUGUAAUCCUACUGCGGGACUCCAUUAAGUACGGCCCAGAGUUCGCAGAUGCUUACUCAAGCCUGGCCUCGCUGCUAGCCGAACAGGAACGGCUUAAGGAAGCAGAGGACGUCUAUAAGGCUGGCAUAGAGAAUUGUCCAGAGAGCUCCGAUCUGCAUAACAACUACGGUGUUUUCUUGGUUGAUACCGGGGCUCCCGAGCGAGCCGUGUCCCACUACAGGCAGGCCAUCCGCCUGAGCCCUGCUCACCACGUGGCCAUGGUGAACCUGGGCAGGCUUCACCGCUCCCUGGGGCAGAACAAAGAGGCCGAAGCAUGGUACAAGCGGGCACUGAAGGUAUCACGGAAGGCUGAAAUCCUGUCCCCACUGGGGGCUCUGUAUUACAACACGGGGCGGUAUGAAGAAGCGUUGCAGGUUUACAGAGAAGCGGCAUCACUGCAGCCUUCCAACAGAGAGAUCCGACUGGCGCUGGCUCAGGUUUUAGCAAUGAUGGGACGGACGAAGGAAGCCGAAAAGAUGACAAACCAUAUACUCAACGAGGAUGUGGAGUGUCUGGAGUGCUACCGCCUUCUGUCAGCCAUCUACAGCAAGCAGGAGCACUAUGCCAAGGCACUUGAAGCUAUAGAAAAAGCUCUUCAGCUAAAACCAAAGGAUCCAAAAGUCAUAUCAGAGCUCUUUUUCACUAAAGGAAACCAGCUAAGAGAACAGAAUCUCCUUGACAAGGCUUUCGAGAGCUAUAAACGGGCUGUGGAGCUCAACCCAGACCAAGCACAGGCCUGGAUGAAUAUGGGAGGCAUUGAGCACAUCAAGGGGAGCUACAUCACUGCCCGUGGCUACUAUGAGAAAGCCUUGCAGCUGGUUCCAAACAGCAAGUUGCUGAAGGAGAAUCUGGCCAAACUGGAUCGCUUGGAGAAACGGUUUCAAGAAGUCCAGGAGAAAGACCAAACAUAGCAUUCAGUCACCAGUGGAAACUCACUCAUGCCCCUUGGAGAAGAGUAUGGUGGAAGCCUAUUGCUCAAAGUGAUGCUGAAGGAACUUUGAUAGGACUCAGAAUUACGGAAGGCAAAUUUUGAAUGCAUGCUUAUGUUUGACCAAAGUUACAGGAGACAUGCUGGAGAAUGAAUGCAAACCUUCCUUUAAUCAAGAUUUAUGUUUAGGCUGAACCCAUUUUAAUCACACCAGGAGUGUGGGUGGGACAUGUACCUUCAAUAUCUUGGGUAUCACUGGCGAAACCAUGGAGACAAAGCACUCACCCAUUGCAGCGGGGGGGAAGUAACACCUCCUGUUACUCAACACAGGCUCACCUUGUCCACGUAAAGUACCAAUGAUGGGCUUCACCGCAAGUGCUGCUAGGUCCUUCUGAGCCAGGAAAGAUGGUCAUAAUGGUCACAUAAAAAGGUUUCAAUGGGGUUAAUGCUGAGGAAAUGGUGGCCACUUCUACAGCGCUAAAUGUGACUUGAAAAUUAUUCUAAAGAAAGGGAAGACAGUGUCUGAAUAUCACCCUAGAAGGAUGAUUCUGCAAGUAGGACAGAUGAUCCUUUGAGGGAAAGCCUCAGCUGAAUAUUUUACUCAUAAGAUGAUAGUAAUUUUGUAAUAAUUCAUGAUGCCAGUAUUGUCAAAUAUCAUAUGGCUUUACCCUUUGCCCUCUCCCUCCAGGCCAAAUAAUUAUUACUCUGAAAAAAAUGGAAGCAUCCAAAGGCAAUAGGAAUCUCUAGGAUUACUUGUCCUCCUGUCCAGUCCCCAG